UCUUAAAAAUAUAUAUAUGAUCAUCAAUUAAGAAAUUAAAAACAAAAAAAAAAAGUAAAGGUAAAGGUACUAAUACAUAAUAAUAAUAAUAUUAUGAGGCAAGCGGGAACAUAUUCAGGAAUAAGAUUUGGAGGGAAUGGGAGUCAUUGUUUGCCAUUAGCAAGGAUUAAGAAGAUUAUGAAGAGUAGUAGUGGUAGUGGUAGUGAUGAAGAAGUGAAAAUGAUAUCAGGAGAAGCUCCAAUUGUGUUUGCCAAGGCUUGUGAGCUUUUCAUCCAACAACUCACUCAUAAAUCUUGGACACUUACACUACAAUCCAAGAGGAGGAUUCUUCAUAAACACGACGUUGCUUCAGCUGUUCUAGCCACUGAUCUCUUCGACUUCUUACUUCCAUUGGUAGAACAUCAAAAUGAUGAUGAUGAUCUUAAGUCAUGAAUUACAGAAUUAAAGAGACUAUUAAUCUUGGACCAAUAAUAUACAUGAUUAUCUCAUAUAUAAUCAGACUGUAUAUAUUAUUAAUUAUCUUUAUUGUUUAUAUUUAUAUGGGGAAUCACUUAUAUAAUAUUUUUUUUUUUCUUAUUUUUACGGCAUGGAUUGCUCCGGUAGUUCUUAUUAGGGAUGUUCA